AUGUUUGCACAAUUGAAGCCAAAAUUGGAAGACCUGACCUCUGUCGCAGUCAUUAUACUAGAGCAGCUUGUCUCGUGCAUCACAUGGUUUCUGCCUGAAAGUCUGAUAGGGUUUUUCACCUCGAUGGUGAAGUUCAUCUUCAGUCUCUACGCCUCGAGCAACCCACUGUACAAUCGUUAUCUCAAAGGCUACGAUCUACAAACGGACACGCUACUAGGUAAAAUAGAGAGACUGCGCGAAGCGCAAUGUUUCGAGGAGCUCUGUGCUAUCCAUGGCUUCAAAGCUCAGAGCCACCUUGUCCAGACUAAAGACGGCUACCUGUUGACUGUGCACAGACUAGACCCCCAUGAGAACGGGUAUCGUCCAAACGGCAAAAUUGUUUACUUCCAGCACGGCCUGCUGAUGAAUAGCGAAAUUUGGGUGCUCAUGGCCGAUACUCGGCAGAACUUGCCGUUUCGGCUCUGUGAACUGGGCUAUGACGUCUAUCUCGGCAAUAAUAGAGGAAAUAAGUACUCUGCGCGCCACGUCUCCCUAUCAGUGGAUGACACCGCAUUCUGGGAUUUUUCAAUUGACCAGUUUGCCCUAUUUGACAUCCCGGCCUCGAUAAACCACAUUCUGGAAAUAAACGGCGCUUCCCAAUUGAUCUAUAUUGGGUUCAGCCAGGGAUGCUCGCAAAUUCUCGCCUCCAUAUCUGUGAACCAUGCUCUGAAUAUGAAAAUCAGCAAGCUCGUGCUGAUUUCUCCGGCCACGACACCGAAGAAACUGUCCAACUGGCUUAUCAACUCGAUUGUGAACUUCCAGCCGGCGCUGAUAUACCUACUUUUUGGCCGCAAGAUCCUCCUGAAGUCGGUUUUAUUCUGGAAGGAUAUCACGUAUCCACCGUUUUUCUCCAAAUUGAUCGAUUUGUCGAACAAGAUUCUGUUUGACUGGAAGUCGCUCAACAUCGACCCGAUCCAGAAGUUUAUCUGCUAUUUUCACCUGUACUCGACAACGUCGGUGAAAAGUGUGGUCCACUGGUUCCAGAUUAUCAAGUCGAAGCGAUUCCAGAUGUACCAGGAGUCUGACAUGUUUCCUUCCUUUGAGUAUCCGAUACACACAAACAUCAAGCUGUCGAAAAUUCUGCUUAUUUACGGCAUGGCCGACUCGCUGGUGGACAUUCAGCAGAUGACCGAGCAGCUUCCGGAGUUCGAGGAGUACAACAUAUCGGUUCUCAACGAUCAGCAAACGAAGCCCGAGCUUGUGGAGAUGGUAGACAACGAAAAGGUGGACGAGACGAUGAACAGCAGCGACGGAGAGAAGCUGCAGAUCGUGGGCGUGGAGAACUACGAGCACCUGGACCUUGUGUGGGGCCAGAACAUCGAGUAUUACGUGAUCAACAACGUGUUGGAGUUUUUGAGCGACUAA